GCUGUUUAUGAAAGGAGCAAUUUCAUCGUUAACACAUUUUGGAUUUAAAAUUUUGGUUCCAACUUCCGAGGUCUUGUCGCGGACACCAUGUUGAUCAAUUUCAUUUAAUUUCGGCUGGAUAAAGAAGCAUUUCUUCAUCAGUUGAUCGUAUAUAAUAAUAUUAUUUUACAGUAUAUCGCUUUGCGAAUGAAUAAUGAUCAUGUAGUGAGAUUGUUGGAUUUCUUAAAGUCGCAGAAACCGUGAAAACGCUGGAUAAUACAGAGCGCAGAGUUGUUUAAUUUGUAGCGCCAGAACUGUUACCGUUCAGGAUGCCAGUUCAGAGUACAGAUGAGCACGAAGAGGUCUCCGCUGGCGGAGCAGGCGACACCAUGGUCCCGGAGACUGCGACAACUCCCAGCAGCGAUGCAGCGGAAGUACAGUCCGCCUCCGAUCCGUCCGCUGCUGCCGUGCCCCUAGCUCCGCCACCGCCCCUGGCGCCCCCCGCCCCUAAACCCGCCUCCCCUCCGACGGAACGCUCCGUUGCUCGCUUUGACCAGACGGAAUCAGUGUACACUCAGCGCGGCGACGAUGAAGCCGUGGAACAGACGCUGCCGAAUCCCAGCCAGGCCAUUCCCUUGCAUGCACCCCCGGCGGCGUCGGCGGAGUUUGCCUCCACAUCACCGAGUCAUGCUGCGGACGAGGAGGAACUGACGGAGGACACCAUUCAGCUGUAUUUCGGUCGCAUGGAGGAUUUCAAACAGCAGUUGUCGUACACUAUCCACCGUUCCGGUCCACCCUUCGCGGUGGCGGAGGGACAUUCGCUCCAUCAGCUUUUGAAGUUCUGUGUACGCAUGGCGGAAACGGGAAAGGAUACGGAAUAUCCUCAGUUUGUAGCUUUUUAUCAGGAUUUUAUUGGAACUGCUUUCCAGAAGAUAUUAGCGGACGAUAGCGUGGGUAGCUGGUCAACGGAAGCGCACAAACAAAUUUACCGCCGAUGCGAACAAGCUUUAAAACUGAUUGCCAUAAAGUUUCCGGAUGAUAUUUUGGGUUUGUUGGAUCUCCUGGGUAUCAUCCUAAAUCCACAAUGCCGGUUUCACCAAUGCAAUAGUACACGGGCUUCGGAAAAGUUUCCUACUAUUAUUUUUCCUCCCGGACGAAGCACCUUCGUGUUUGCUCCACAUCGACACCUUGGAGAUACAGCCGAUGGAAACGAAAUGAAAUCUGAAGAAGAUGUGAUUCCUCCAAAUAUUUACGCACGAUCUUUCGACAGCCGGUCACCCCGUGGGUAUCUUGUUGAUUUUCUUAACAUCUUUGGUCAGGCGGGAGGAUUUAACAAUUUGAAGAAACGCAUUACGGAAAAUGAGCGACCUCUUACCAUCCCAUUGUUGGUGGCUUGGUUACGCCCGUUUGGGCCAUGUGCUGAUUAUUUAGCAAAGAGAACGGUGGAACGGUACUUUUGGGAAAUUUUCGAAAUCGUGCCACACUUCCUUCGGUCUAUGUCGGAUGAGGAAUUUAAGAAAGAGUCCGGCAAACAGGAUGGAAAAAAUGAUCCAGUAACCAUGAUUCUCCGUUCCCUGCGAUCUCUUGCCAAAGUGCUGCACGAGCAAAGUGCUGUUGUUAAUCAGCAUAUUGAAAUCGCACGUCUUUCUGCCAUUUUUAAACUGUUGAAAGUUUCCACUUAUAAUGGGAAGAUGCAUGCCUUGAACGAGAUUAAUCGUAUCGUGCAGAGCCUUAACUAUACACACCGGCCGUUCGCUGAAGAAGAGUCGGCACUGGGAUCGGAAAAAGUGGCCAAAUGGCUACAGGAAAACCAUGUCCUUACGAUUAUUCUGGCCGAUAGCAUGCAUCAACCCCAGUACGUGGAGAAGCUGGAAAAAAUCAUUCGGUUUAUGAUAAAAGAGAAAAGUUUGUCGUUGAACGAUUUGGAUGAGCUGUGGAACGCACAGAACGGAAAGCACGAAGCCAUCGUAAAAAACGUUCACGACUUGUUAACCAAACUGGCUUGGGAUUUCACUCCAGAACAGCUUGACCAUCUUUUUCAACACUUUCAAGGCAGCUGGGUGAGUGCAUCUCGUCGACAGCGUGAGAAAUUGCUGGAUCUGAUACGCCGACUGGCCGAAGAUGAUAAGGAAGGAAUUAUGGCCAUUAAAGUUUUGGAGCUACUGUGGAGUUUGUGCCACAAUGAAGAGUUGCCAGCGGAAAUCAUGGAGAUUGCAUUGAACGCCCAUUUGAAAAUUUUGGAAUUUGUUUGCUCACAUGAUAGGGAUCAGCUCAAGAUGGCAUGGUUGAAGAAAUGCGUGGAAGAGAUCAAGGAAAACACAUGGGUAGUGCCCGCGCUUGGACAUAUUAAAAGUAUUUGUGAUCAGUUUCCGGAGAGCAUGAAUAAUAUCGGUGGAAUUACAUCGCGACCUCAUGGUGCCAGUCGAGUGGAUGCCAUAAUGUUUUUGGUUAAUGAGCAUAACAUCAUCGAUACAGUUAUCAGCAGUUUGGAGCAAUAUUUGGACCAAGUUCGUUUUGUGUUUAAGAACGAGCAUCUUCCGAAUUUCGAUCCACGAACACAGGAUGCUUUAAAAUCAAAAUAUUCUCACUAUUGUCAUGUAGAAAGUCGCCUGAAACUUUUGCAUUAUAUUCUGCAAAACACUCAUUAUUGUCUGCCGAAACCGGAAAGACUAUGGGGUUGUUUGGCCGAGAAUCCGGUAGUGGAGCUGGAUCGUGAUUUGUGUUUCGGAUGGUUUGAUCGGUUGAUGAGUGCCGAUCAGCCUGAUUUGGAACCCAGCGCAAUAAAGCCUUUCUACGAAUCCAAAAUUUUACAGUUAUCUCCGUCUAGCCUGACCGAAGCAGGUAUUCUGUGCUUCAGUAAAUUUCUGCGAUUCGUUAACGUGAAAGAGGGCAAACUGGAGCUGAAGAGGAAAUCCCACUACUUUCUCCUGCAGCCGGAUAUCCUUGGAAUGGAAUAUUUGUGGAAAAUUAUAUUGCACUGUCGUGAUGAAAUUGCUAAUUUUGGCAUUGAUCUCCUUCGUGAUUUAUACGCUUUUCCUAGUCAGAAAUUAGCCUUGAACGUGGUUAGUUUACACAGCGAAUUGAUUUCCGAAUGUAUCGAGAGGCUGCGUACCAUUUACGAUAACCUGAAUGAGUUGAAGAAUGACAAAGAAUAUCACAACAAAAUCACACAAGACGCCAACAAAGCCGUCAGGAUAUUAAAGGUCAUCAAAGAGCACGUCACCCAGUACGAUCGAGAGUAUCAUUUCGAGCGUGCUCGACUGCCGCUAAAUAGAGCAACUUCUGGAGUGGGAUUUUUCGUGACUGUGAAACUCUUAAAUCCACCUCGGCAGUUCGAUGAUCAAGAGCUGCACACUCACACCAAUGAGACGCUGGGUGGUUUGCGACGAGCUAUUACUUCGAAGGUCCGCCAUCUGACUGGUGCUCCCAAAUUGGACUUAUAUUUUAAUAAUAAUGAAAUUCUUCCAAGCAUGGACAGGCGACUUAUUACAGAGAUCGGCAUCGUGGAUCACGGUCGCGAUAGGCCGGUUAUUACUGCCAGAUUUUCUGUUGUAGCUUUCCAAGAUAACUUGAUAUCGGAAAGUAUUGUGCCGUCUUCACCUGAAAGCAGCACUGAUGUUUCUCCUUCGGACACUCCCCAGACAGCGUAUUCGGAUGAGACACACCCCGAUCUGGAAAAUCAGCUGCCUGGGUUGUAUAUCGCCAAAAGUCCUGAUACUAUUCCUUUUAUCAUCCGAUUGGCUGACCUGGGAAUACGUUUGGGCAAUCGGAAUUUGACAGAAAUUGCCAGAGACUUGCUUGGCAUUCUUCCAGCCAGUGAUCAGAUCCUUGAAGCAGUCUACAAGUCGGUGUUGGAUCCAUCCAUCCAGUUUGAUGCCUUUUUCCAUUGUGAUUACUCAUCAGAAGUUUUGUAUAAUUUGCAAGUGUUCCAGAGUCUCUUAUUGCCGGCUAAGCAGUCCCAAAUGGAAGACGCUGCUCGGUUUUGCAAAGAACUAAUCACCAAGCGGGAUUUUGCUCAGUACCUCCUGGAUUCGUUGAAAAGAAACAACUUUCUUCAGAAUGCUGAUGUGCUAACCAAACAGAGUAGCUAUCGCAGUAUACUGCGAAUGGUGAAGUUGUUCCUUAGCGUCAUGUGUAUGAUUGGGCUGGAUUAUGUGGAAAAUCCCGCUCGACAAAAAGCCAGUGGAAAUUUUAUGAGUCGAGGCUUUGCAGAAGAUUCUCUCCCACUGAUUGUAGCUUUUGGUGAAAACUUUAAGAAUAACAUGAACGAUUGGGGCAUCUGUCGUAUGAGUGAAAAAAUAAAGCGUCUGUGGCAAGAAGGCUCCAUGCAGUUGCCGUCAGUGGAUGUGUGCAAAGCUCUUCGACAUUUGGUAUGGACAGCGGCAUCCGGAUCAUUGAAUUUGCUUGAGUGUCCAGAAGAAGAUGCAAGCGCAGCAUUACAUAAGAAAACGGAUUUUGUGGAUAUUGCCGACCAGGAAGUAGCUCUGGAAGCAUUGGAUUGCCUGCUUCCAAGUGUUGCUUUAUGCCCUAAAUGCAUCGAAGACAUGAUUACAGCAGCUGGUCCUAAUCCGCAGUGGUUUGGAUUUUUUAACGACAUGCUGUUUCUUUGCCGCAAUCCUGUUGUUCGACAAAGUGCUUUCUUUCAUUUUCGUUUGCUGAGUUUGCGAAUCGAAAAAUGGCCUCUAGAUCGGUACAUGCUUAGCUCCGUUUUUGGCAAUAUUCAGCGGGUAUCCAGAAAACAUCCGGAAAUGUGUGGGGAAGCGUUUCAGCUAGUGGCAAAUCUGCUGAAUAAGCUAAACAGCACGCAAUCGCUUCAAGAGAGCACCGGUGAAAUGCUGAACAGCGAACUGCAGUGGUUUGCAGAGUGCCGUCGUGUUUGCAUGGAGCAAGGGCGACAGUGCAUUCAUGAUGUGUUGCUGGAAGGACAUUUGGUAUUGUUGAAAGAAUUAGUCCGAACUGUGAAACCGCAGAACAGGAAGCUGCUUCGAACAAAUAUCAGUCGACCGCCACUUCUAAAGGAAUUGCUUGAAGAUUUUUUGUUUCCGGCCGCACGAGUAUUGGCUAAGGCAGCUUGUCCAGGGGCUCUUGUCGACGAUCAAGGAUCUCCGAAUUGGGCGCACGGCGAUACGGUUUUUGACCCUGCCUACUCUGAUCCCUUCGCUCUACUGGAGUUACCCCACCAAGCUCGUCCAAUCUGCCAGACAACUAUUGCCAUUACAGGAGCCUUUGAUGUAAUUAAGGAAUUAUGUAUGGGUUCGCCUGCCAACGUUCGUCUGUUGGAUGAAACGUUGACAUCCUUGUUUUAUGCCGAUGCUCAGCCCAUUACCGAAUGGGAGUACAGUCCCCCUGUUGGGCCACGGCGCACGGAUGGCUUUGUCGGUUUAAAGAACGCGGGAGCUACGUGCUACAUGAAUUCAGUGCUGCAGCAACUAUUUAUGAUUCCCAACGUUCGUAAUGGUUUGCUGACAAUUGAUGGCAUCACCUCAACGUAUGCUGACGAAGAAAAUGACGAGAAAGGGGGAGAAGGGGAUUCAGUUCCUAUGGAGUUGGGUCCCGUGUUACCGUUCAGUGGAGGAGAUAUUAUGGAGAUGAGUGGGGAUGCAUCACGUCCAUUAGUGCCGGCCAAAGCGGCGUCUGUAAAGGAUUACAAUGUCGGACUGAUUAAGCAUUUGCAGAUUAUUUUUAGCCAUUUGGCUUGCAGUAAACUGCAGUUCUAUAUUCCCCGUGGAUUCUGGAAGCACUUCCGGUUGGGUAAUGAGCCGGUGAAUCUGAGAGAACAGCAUGAUGCCUUGGAAUUCUACAACAGCGUUGUGGACAGCGUGGACGAGGGACUAAAGUCAAUGAAAAAGAUGCCUUUCAUGAGUCGGAUUUUGGGCGGGACGUUUGCGGAUCAGAAAAUCUGUCGAGAUUGUCCGCAUCGUUAUUCUCGUGAAGUUUUAUUUACUGCGCUGAAUGUCGACAUUCGGAAUUUCCAUACUCUGCAAGAUGCACUGGAACUAUAUGUAAAAGGAGAUCUUUUGGAAGGCGCCAACGCUUAUGAAUGUGAAAAAUGCCAGCGAAAAGUAGAUGCAGUAAAGCGAAUGUGCAUAAAAAAACUACCGCCUAUCCUGACCAUCCAGCUAAAACGAUUUGAUUAUGACUGGGAACGCGAGCAGCCCAUUAAAUUUAACGAUUAUUUUGAAUUCCCACGCGAAAUCGACAUGGAGCCCUAUACGGCAGCCGGUUUAGCCAAAAGCGAAGGACAGGAAAUCCCUGACGAUGAAGAUGUUAUGCAGGCUAUCGAAGAAAGUCUCGCGAAAACCCCCACCAAACCGCAGUCCACCGCUGUUACCAAAUACAGGCUGGUCGGCAUUGUUGUCCAUUCUGGUCAAGCAACUGGAGGCCAUUAUUACUCGUAUAUUUUGGACCGAGAUGGGCUCUCCAAAUGGUAUCGUUUUGACGAUGGCGACGUGACGGAAUGCAAAAUCGACGAUGAUGAGGAGAUGAAAGUGCAGUGUUUCGGAGGAGAGCACCCGCAGAAGAGAUGGUGGAACGCGUAUAUCUUGUUCUACGAGCGUUGCGACCAGAGUGUGCCGAUGCCGAAAGAGCAUCCUGGGCGGAUGCGUCUUGUGUCUGAAUCGAUAGGUUCCCAGGUUGUGCAUAUGAUUCCACCGAAUCUGCGUAGUGUGAUAGUGAAAGAAAAUUUGAAGUUUGUCCACAAUCGGAGCCAGUUUUUUCCGGAAUACUUUUCAUUCCUCAGGAAGUUCUUACAAAAUGCUGCGACAGUUGUCAGUGUACCGGCAGAUCAGAAUCGAGCGCAGCAUCCAUUAGCAAAGUGGGGCUUAAGCUUCGAAGAAAUAGAGGAAUUUGCUGUAACUGUGAUAGAAUUUUUGGGGAAGAUCCUGUUUGACGUCGUGUUCCGUACACGUCGGCAUUUGCGUGGAGCUGUUCACGAAUUUACGGAGAGCUUUAUAAAAAUCUUGCAAGUGACUGCUGUCGGCCGGUGGCAUUUAUCGGAGCAGGUUUUGCUGAAAAAACACAAGAGGAUUUUCGAGUAUUUGGUGGAAUGUCCCAGUCAAGAGAUCAGAUCUGCCGUUAUGCGCUUGCUGGGGCACUUGAUUUUUUACAGUCGAGUGGAUUGUCCCUGCCCACCUUCGACACUUCAAGCUGCUUAUAAUGUCGGCUAUAAAUUUCCACAAGAGAUUACUUCUUUGGGUGAUUUGAUUCUUUCGUGCUGCGUGAGCCUGCUGGAGUGGAAGGAAACGGGCGAUAACGUGCGACAGCUGGGGCAGUAUUUUGGGAUGUUCCAUAAUUUGGCAACUAGUGGGGCUGAACAGAAAGAAGUUCUGCUCCGAUUACGAGUGCCGGAAAUAUUCAUUCGAUUGGCUGUCGACGAUAUGCCGGUUUCCAUCUUUAAACAUAAUUUCACCAAUGGGGAAAACAGUAAACUGUAUACAACUAUUGCCCAUUUAGUGCGCUCCAUUGAUUUCUCGGAAUUUAGCGUUUCUUGCAACGACGUGGAGGCUUUACCAAAUCCGUAUGUCGAUGGUCAGUACGCGUACACGGCUUCCCACGAUCUCGUACAGCAACUAUACAUGACCAACGUCUUUCUGAAGAAGCUUGUUGAAGAAUGUCUCCCUAUGGAAGAAGUGCGCCAAAUGAUUAAGUUCUUGUCAUGGGAGAACUCCAACUUCACUGCCCGCUUGCUGUAUACCUUGUUGGCCGCUUUGGGUGCCCAGUAUAUUCAAGACCUGCGUACUUUACUGGAUUUCUGUUUUGCUUUCAUCAGUUUGGAGGACUCAUGGAUUAUCAUUCGUGUCGAUGGGUUUUUAACAUCAAGACAUAUUGAACAAUCUGAAGGGUUUCUGUCGAUCAUGUUGCGGAACCGCAACUUGCAUCCUCGCCGGGCUUAUUUGUACUUCAAAAAUUUAUGGCGCUUUUUGUCGUCCCAUCUACGCACGCCACAGGAAUCCGUGUUAGCUGCCGAUUUGUUAGCUCGAUGGCAGACUUCCUUGGAUGGCGAACUAAAACUCGCUGUAACCAUGAUGUGCGAGUGGCUUCAAAAUGAAAUGGAAAGUGGGCAUAUACGCUCCAGUCAGUAUUAUCCUCACUCGUCGUCCUAUUAUUCGACGUAUAACAGCAGCUGGAAUAAUCAGAUAAUUAGCAGCAAUGAAACCGGAAAUGGGCAGUAUUUUGAGCGGACAAUGUCCGCUAGAGAAUUGCUGGAAAACACCAAAGAAAUUUUACCCGAGGAUGCUUUAAUGAUGGUGAAUAACCAAGCCGGGAGUCCGCCAGGCGACGAUGAAGAAGAAACGGAAGAAGCCAUUUCAUUUAACGCCAGCGCUGAUCAGCAGGAUUUGGAUGGAAUGCCGAAAUUAGCGGAUUCUGAAGGUGUGUCAGGGACUCUAGUUACAAGCGGCUACGAUCCCGCCGAAUACAACGAUAAUUGGAGCGCAGCUGACGAUGCCACCACCAUCGCGGACAGUAUUGCCACGAAUUUGGGUGACGGAUGUCGGGUGCCCGUUCGACGCGGCUAUAUGGGACUAAAUGUGCAGGGGCCGGUGUCGUAUAAUACACGACUGGACAACUCUCAAGGUUAUAGUCGUCGGAAUGGAGUCGCCCCGACACUCCUGCAGAGCUACGACAAUUUGGAUCGAUUACACCAUAUUACCCGAACCGACAAUGAAGAGGAGACGGAGCUGGGUGGAAUGUUGCCCCUGCUGGACGAUAUGCACAUUGCGGAAGGGAGUGGACGUCCUAGUAGCCCUGUGGAUGGAUCGUUUGCGCCCAAACGACAGCAGCAUUACGGUUAAUGUGAAAACCUAAGUUUGUAGACGUUUUCGGUUUGCUUUACCUUUGAUCAGCCUUUUUCUGCACACUAGAAUUAAAUUUUUUUAAUUAUUUCCUAUGCUUAUGUUGGAUUUUAUUUUUAUUUAGCAGAUUAAUGAGAGGUUGACUUGGGAACACUGCUUUUGCUCGGCCGGAUGAACAUGGUGGUUCAGUGUUUUGUUUGUUUUUGGCUGGACAGAUCUUGUUGAUCACCUGGUGAUAUACAGGGUCCUUUUUAAUUGCUGCUAACUGAAAUUUGAAAGUGAUUUUUGCGGUUACUUGUGUAUACAGUUUUGUCGUUUUUAUAGCAACAUGACCAGAAUUUCGAUGGUUUUCUUAUAAAGAGAUGUUUUACACUGUUGAAGAUCGCGUUUGAUUGGGUAGCAUAAAUCCUUAUAAUUUUGUACG